CUGCGGGACGUGAACUUUCUUCGUCAGAAAAAAGUUGAAGCAACUCAAGUCCUGGAGAGGGCAGCACUGCGCCUGCGUAGCUUCACCUGUUAAGUUGUUCAUCCGGUAAAGAAGAAGCACACAACCAGUCCGAGGAUAAGAAUGCCUUUUAAAUUCUGCCCCCACUGUGGGACAGAGUUACAGCCCGAAUUCAGAUUUUGUCCUUCAUGUGGGGAGAAACGUCCCAGUCCUGAAAGCCCACGUAAAUAUGAACCAGUGAGCUCAAGUUUCUACUCGCCUCCAAGCAAUGCAGCAGCAACAUCUGUAAUUAACAUAAGCCCCACUCCAAGCACAAGCUGUGAACCCACAGACAGGACAGCUCACGCAUCUGACACUUUGUUGACACCUCGUCCUGCACUGCGAAAGACGCGCAACACCCUUCGCCUGGACAGAGAAGAUAAUGGCGCUGGGUUGCAGGUAUCGCCACCAAAGAAGAACAUGGUCACUUUCAAACUCGACACCGGGGUGCAGCCAAUUGUAGUGUCUCCUGUUGCAAAAUCUCCUCAAUCUACCAGGGGAAAAGGGAAGUUUUGCGGCCCUGUGAACAAGCAACAGGAAGAAGAAGAAAAGAAGCUGUCAGCAGUAGGUGUGUCUUCACCUGUUUCCUCACCAGUCUCCAAGUCUCCUGUAAAAGCAGCUGGAAAAAAUAAAGCCAAGAAGGCAAAACACGCGACCUCUCUGGAGCCGCUGCCUGAAGGUGAGGAGGUGACGGAUACAACCGGUAAGAAGUGGAAGCUGAUCAAACAGCUCAGUCAGAGCACAACGGAGCUGCUGUACGAAGUUUCUCGUCCCAAUUCAAAGGAUUCGGAUCACGUCCUCAAACUGGGAGCUAAAGAUGGAAGAAUCUUCAAUGAGCAGAACUUUCUGCAGAGAGCUGCUAAACCAGCAUUGGUGGAAAAGUGGAUUAAGCAAAACAAGCUGGAUUUUCUUGGAAUUCCUUCCUGCGUUGGCUUUGGUCUCCAUACAGACUCGUACAGGUUUCUGAUUUUUCCUAGCAUGGGCCGGUCUCUCCACUCCAUCAUUGAGGAAGAAAAUGAGCCUCUGCCUGAGAAAGUUGUUCUUCAGCUCGCCUAUAGAAUAUUAGAUGUCCUGCAGUAUAUCCAUUCAAAUGAGUAUGUUCAUGCUGAUAUCAGUGCAGAGAACAUCUACAUAAAACAAGGACAGAAGUCACAGGUGUCCCUUGUAGGAUACUGCCAUGCCUUCAGGUACUGUCCUGGAGGAAAGCAUGUGGAAUACCGUGAAGCCAGCAGAACACCACAUGAGGGCACUGUUCAGUUCAUCAGCCUGGACGCACAUAAAGGAGCAGCUCCGUCUCGUCGCAGUGACUUGCAGUCUCUGGGUUACUGCAUGCUGCACUGGCACACUAGAUCGCUGCCGUGGAUUGAGCUCACACAGCCGCACCAGGUAGCCACCCAGAAACAGAGGUAUAUGGAGGAUGUUUCUGCACUGCUGAGCCACUGCUUCAGGAAGAAGAGCAUUUCCAAAGCAUUUCAAACCUAUCUGACUGCAGUGAUGGCUCUGCAGUACACUGAGCAGCCCGAUUACGCCGCACUGAAGGCCGGAUUCACCAAUGGUUUAGAGCAGCUGGGGGCAUCGGUGGAAGAACCCUUUGGUUUUUAGAUCACACAAAAAGACCACACUGGAAGAUCCUUGAUGUUGGGUUUUUUGUUUUGACUCUUUUUUAAUCAUUGUUUUAACUGUUUUAUUGCACUGAAAGAUGAGUGUCUUGAGUUUAAUAAGGACGCGAUUCAUUGCGUUUACUGUUUGUGGUGGGGGUUCAUCAUUUUUAUGGUCGUGUUGACGUUACUGCAGUUUUAAGCCUCAUAAAUUUCUGAUGCAGUUUUUGUAUGAUUGUCGUGUGUGUUGCAGUGUUCUUUUGUCUGUUAGAAAAACAACCAGUUAACAAAUCUUUCUUGUCGUUGACAUUGACUCCCUGCUGCUGAACAUUUCAACAAUAAAUGUCUAGAUUUCUUAUUAA